AUGGCAAGUUCUGGUGCGGGGACACUGUCUGAAGGGGAAGACGAGGAGGUUGAAGAGGACGAAGCGGACAAGGAAGAAGAAUACCGAGAGGAGGAAGAGGGGGAGGAGGAGGAGGAGGAGGAGGAGGAGGAGGAGGAGGAGGAGGAGGAGGAGGAGGAGGAGGAGGAGGGGGAGGGGGAGGAGGAGGGGGAGGAGGAGGAAGGAAAGGAGGGAGGAGCAGAGGAGGCAGGAGCAAAUCAGCCCAACAUAGGGCGAACCAACAAGGCCAAGGCAGGGGCUGGAGAAGAGGAGAGGAGGAUGGCUGGGGGAGAGGAGAGGAGGAUGGCUGGGGAAGAGAAGAGGAGGAUGGCUGGGAAAGAGGAAAGGAGGAUGGCUGGGAAAGAGGAGAGGAGGAAGGCUGAGGAGGAGGAGAGGAGGAUGGAUGAGGAGGAGGAAAGGAGGAAGGCUUGA